UGAAAAAUUCAAAAAAGAAAAUCCUUAUUUAUCGGCAGACUUCGCUAUCUUUAUUGCGUUUUUCGAUAAAUAUAUUCUCUUCUUGCAUUAUAUUCCAAUAACAAUAUGUAUCAUCUAUCCAUUAGUACUUUACAUUUGUUUAGUGACUCAAUAUAUGUGUAAAGAUAUUUUUGAUUAUACCUCUUGGACAUGUGGUGGCGCAUGUUAUCUUUAUGAAGUAAGUUAUAAUUUUGCGAACUAUUUUUGUCAUGUAUAUACUAUCAUAUAUCAAAGGAAAUCGUUUAAUCUUUAUUGUUGUGUAGAUUUAAAUUAAUGAGACAGUAUAAUUUUAAGUAGCUGUCUACACCUUAAGAGGAUUAAAAAAAUUACUAUUUGAUAAUGCAUUAUAUUUUUAGCCUAUACUUGGUACAUUAGAUUGGAUAGUGAAUGGUUGUUUAAAUGUAAUAUUGAGUAUUCUGACAACAUUGAUAAUUAUUAUUCGUCUUUUAUUUCAAAAUCGACGAACAGGUGCUCAACGAACAGUAUGGCAACGUCGACGACGUAUAGUUAUGCAAUUGGUUGCUUUGUCAGCGCUUUAUAUGAUUGUAUGGUCACCUUGUGUUAUUUGCUUUGUUAUAACACUUUUUAUACCAGUACCAUUCUUAUCUGCAUUUUAUUCGGCUUAUCUUAGCUAUUAUCAAUAUAUGUCAUGUCUUCUAUGUCCAUUUGCCUGUCUUUUAGGCUCAUCGGAAAUACGAGAAGCUUUUAAACUUAAUCGAUUUGUUCAAACAUCGGUAAAUACUGUGCAGCCAGCUACACUUCGUCUUCAAUAUUAG